AUGUUGAUCCUUACAGGAAACCCCGAGCUGCAUUUUUUGUGCAUACGCGAGCAGUUCAAAGCUGACCUACAGCUCGAGCUUGAUGCUAUUAUGAAUCGCGAUGGGAUUUCGCCUCUCUGCCUGGCGCUCGCUGUUGACAAUCUCAAUGAUCUUAUUGACGAGGUACGUGUCAUUGAGCGAGCUUGUGCCACUAUGUGUAGGGAGGUGCCGAGUUGCAGUACCGUGGUCGAUGGAUGCGGCUAUUACGAGCAGAAGUGCACAUUCCUGGAGAAGACAGAACAUCUCCAGGAAGAAUUGAUUAAGCUCAAAGAAAACCUUAUGCGCUCGCAUUCUGACAGGCAUUGGAUUGUUCGACAGAUUGGGGCUGUGCAGCGAUAUUUAGAUUUUUAG